CCACACUUCACAGCCGAAUUUCGUUAAUUUUUGAAGUAAUGCUUGUCUUGUUUUAAUUUCUUGUAACGUGCUCGAAUUAUUUGUUUAGCGGUAGAGAUCAUACAGUUAAUAACUUCAUUAAUUUUCGUACUAUUCUUGACUUCACUUAUUAAAUUGACUCUAUGUAAAUAUAUUAAUAAUAUAAUACAAUAUAUUAUACAUUAAAAACAAAUGUUACUUGAAUGCUAUAUCUAAUUAAUCAAUUAUAAACUUGUCACAGUUGGUUUCAAAUUUUUAAAUAUAUGAAUUGUAUUUACGUUUUAUACAUUAUUAUUAUUAAUAAUUUGUUUCUAGAUGGAUAUCACUACAGAUAAUAUUAAUAAUUUAGUCAAAUGUCUUCAGGCAACAUUGAGUCCAGAUCUACAAAAUCGAAAGCAAGGUUUGUCUUUGCAAGUACUUAAUUGAAGUAAUGUGAAACUAAUAUUUUAUUUUUAUUUUGUAGCCGAAAAUUUUUUACUAUCAAUUGAAUCUAAUAAAAAUUAUCCGCUUUUACUUCUACACAUAAUCAGUGGGCCAAAUGAUGUUAAUUCCGAUUUGACCAAGAAAAUUGGAGCUGUUACUUUUAAGAACUAUAUUAAACGUAACUGGUCUGUUGUAAGUAUAUUCAUUUUUGAUAAUUAGUUAUUUUUAUUGGCUCUAGGUCAACAUAUUGGAUAUGGUUACUCAUUGCUUACAGAUAUACAUUAAAUUCCUGUCAAUUCUAACUUCUCAAUUCCCACUUUCAACAGUGGCUGCUCCCAUUCCUAUUAGCCUAGGACAGCUUUUUAAAGAUACCAUGUCAAAGUGAAAUUUCCACAGACGAUAAUUUUUAUUACACAUAUUUUAAUUAGUUACCAUUUUUAUUAUAUGUAAGAUACAACUUUUUAGGUGACUUAAAAUACCUAAUAAAUAAAAAUGUAUUUAAGUAAUAAAUACAAGUAAAUUUAUAGUAUAUAAAUUAUAGUAGUAUACAAAUAAGUCUGUAAAUAAUAUACUAAAUAAAAAGGCAUGAAUACAAGGAGAGUUGGGUCCACCCUCUCAUUCUGGGAUUAGAACAUUUUUUAAAUAUAUUUCUAUAAAAUAAAUAAGCUAAUAAUAUACAUAAUAUAGAAAAAACAAUACCUUCAAUUUGUUUUUUCAUAACUUACCUAUAUGUUAUUAGUUUUAUUAUAUUAUUAUUGUAAAUAGAAUGUAUUUCUGAUUAUUAUUUAUAUUUGUCUUUUAAAGAAUGUUCUUUCGGGCAGUAAUUAUAUAGGAUGUCACAAUGUAAAUUAUGUUUUAAGGUUUCCUUCUAUGGUGGCUUUUUAAACACAAGUAGAAAUAUUAUUUAAAUAGUUCUCUAAAAAACAGAAUUAAAUGGUGUAUCGUAAUAGAAAUCGUAACAGAAAUUAUGACAUGUAGUUUUAUUUCAGGAAAGCCUUUUAAACAAACACUAAACAACGACACAUUUUAAAUGGUUUUCUUAAAAAUAGAAUUACAUGACAUAUCAUAGAAAUUAUGAUAUGUAGUUCUAUUCAGGGAGGCCUUUUAAACCUCAACAAAUGACAACUUUCAUGGAUCAAAUGUCAUCAUAAGUGUAUUAAAACAAGUUUUUGAACAUCUUAAUCAACAAAUAUAUGAUAAUACACUACUCAAAUUCUAUGUAUUUAUUAUAUUAUAUAUUCAUUUACAUGAAUGUUUAUUUAAUUUUUAUAAUUAAUAUGUAUACAUUAGUAUGAUAUUUUAUUAAGUAAAUACAUUUUAAAAGUUUUGUUUUGCUUUUUUUUUCUAUAUUAAGUGUUGAUAAUGCAAAGCAUAGACGGCAAAUUAAAAAUCAGUGAUAAAUAAGUAAAUAAAGUAAAAAAAAAUGUUCAAAUUUAUUUAAUUGCAUAUUUCAGUUAUUUUAUGUGCAACAUCAUAUUAUUUCACCAAUUUUAGUGCAAUAAAUCCUACAUCCUAGUUUUUAUUAUUUUAAUAUCUAGCUUUUUGUAAUUAUUUGGUAUAACCUCACCCCACCCUAAAAUAAUAUAAUACUAUUAUUUUUAGUCAAAUGAAUUACACCAAAAUGUUUUUUUGUUGAUAAUGGGAACUUUAUAUUAUAGAUAUUACCACAACUAUAGGCUUUUCAUUCCUGAACACAUUAACUACUCUUUAAUAAUAUUAUAAUAUUUAUGAAUUAAUUGUGAAACAUUUUGUUUAUACUCUGUUAAUCUUUAUUUUUUCUAUUUCUAAAUUCUAAGUAAUUGCUAAAAAAAAAUAUUUUAGGAUGAAGAGACGUUACAAAACAAAAUACAUCAAGAUGAUCGCGUACUAAUAAAAGAACAAAUUGUAACUGUCAUGUUGAGUUCUCCAGAAGCUGUGCAAAAACAGCUAAGUGAUGCUAUUUUACUAAUUGGAAAACAUGAUUUUCCAGAAAAUUGGCCAAAUUUAUUACCAAAAAUUAUUGAAAAUUUUGCAUCAUUUGCUGGUAUGUAUUUAAAUAUCUUUAUUGUUAUUGUUUCAACAUUGUUACAAUAUUAUUUGAAGGCUUGAAUAAAAUUUAAAAAAAAAAAAAUUGCCCAUCAAAAAUAUAAAUGAACCUAACUCUGAUCCUGAUUAUAUUCAUUUUUCUGAUUUGUAUAAAAAAUGUAAAAACUCACCAUUACUAGCUCAUAAUAAAUUUAUAUCAAAUUUGGAACCUAACAUUAAUCAUAAUUCAAAAUCAUUUACUAUUAAUGUUCCCACAAACAUUUUCCUGUAUAACAUCAAAUUGAACUCUAUUGAAGAUACUUUGCAUUUAUUUGUUACUUAUUUCUCUUCUGUUAUUGUUGAUAAUAAUAUUAACAUUGACUCUUUUGAUUUUGAUUUUUCUUAUGAUUAUAAUUUAAAUAUUGACACUUGGAAUCUAAAAACGAAAUCUUAGAUAUGCUUGAUUUUUUAAAUAAGCACUCAGGUGUAAGGCCAGAUGGUAUACUACUUUUGUUUUUUAAAGCUUGUAAACAUUCUCUUAUUAAAUUUUUACACUUUUUAUUUAAUUAUUUACUUUAUCAUGGUAUUUUUCCACAAUUAUGGAAAAAAUCUUUUGUUAACUACACUUAUUUACAAAUCGAAUAAUAGAAAUGAUGUUCGAAAUUUUAGACUAAUAACUAAAUUGUCAUUAACACCAAACAUUUUUGAAGAAAGUAUACCUAUGAAGUUAACUAUACUACUUUCAAAUUAUAUUUGUGAAUCUCAACAUGGAUUUUUACCUAAUCUCCUAAUAUAUCAGUCUAAUCUUUUUAAAUCCUUUGAAAAUGGUCAACAAGUAGAUACUAUCUAUUAAGACUUCCAAAAGGCCUUUGACAAAAUAAAUCUUCCAUUACUUUUAUAUAAACUAAAAUUCUUUAAAAUUUCUUGUUUAUUAUGGAGGUGGUUAGCUUUGUAUUUGUACUAUCAAACUUAAAUUUGUAAAAAUAUCUCUUUAAGCAUUAUCAGGUGUAUUGCAAGGAUCACAUUUAGGAUCACUACUUUUUUUUAUUGUUUAUAAAUGUAUAAAUUGCCUUAUAUUUUUGAUAUUAGCGUUAAAAUUCUUCGUUUUGCGUAUGAUAUACAUUUUUAAAUUGGAGUAAGAGAAAUUUUCUUAUGUUAAAUACUGAUAAAUGCGAAAAAUUGUUUUCUUCACUCAUAGUAAAAAUCCUGUUACUUAUAAUUACUCUUUAAAUAAUAUAGCUCUAAAUAGAGUUAAUUUGAUAAUUGAUCAUUGUCGUUCAUUUCAGCUAUGAUUAAAUUUUAGAAUAAAUCAUUAUCAUAUGCUUAACAAAUCUUACAAAAUUUUAGGUUUUAUACAUAUAAAUAUCCAAAAAUUUAAAAACCCUACUACUCUGAGAGUACAUUAUUGUUCUCUAGUGCGAUCUGUAUCAGUGAUUUGGUCUCAGUCAUUAUCUACUUGUAAUUAUGAUCUUAAUAAUAUUCAGUUUAAAGUUUUAAAAAUAAUUGCCCAUUUGAUUCAAUUACCCAUCUCUAGAGACUGUCCUUUCAGUCCAAAAUUUAGUAAACUUGAACUCUCUCUUAGACGUUAAUUGAUCGAUAUUAUGUCCGUGUAUGAUUUAUUAAAUUAUAAUAUUGUAUAUCUUGAGCUCUUACCUCACAUCAAUUUUCGAAUUCCUUUCUUUUUUUUCUCAAAAUCACAAUCUUUCUGUUACCCCUUAUUUCAAGUCUAAAACCGCUAAUGAAUCUUUUUUUGUUAGAGCUCUGAAACUUGCUAAUUUAGCCUCCACUGCUUUAGAUUUCUUUUAUUUCUCGUGAUACUUUUAGAUUUAAGUCUAUCAUAUUUUUAAAUAAUUAUUUAAUUUUAAUUAGUUUCAUUGUAUUUUCAUUAGCCUUCUAUAUUUGUAAACUAAUCAUAACUUAUUUUUCUUCUUUUAUAUUUAAUUUAUAUAGUGUUGUGUAUGUCCACUCUUUAUAUUUAUUAUCUUGAGUUACUUUCUACUAAUUUUACUCUUACAUACUAUACACUAUAUUGUAAAAGGAUUAGUCUUGUUAAAUUAUUAUAAAUAUAUAAAUUAAUACAUAAUAAUAAUACUAUAUAUCUUAGCUGCACCCACAGGUGAUCUAACACCUAUUAACGGAGCAUUAGAGACGGCUCACUCUUUGUUUAGAAAAUACAGAUAUGAGCUAAAAUCUCAAAAGCUUUGGACGGAAAUAAAAUUUGUGUUGGAUAACUUCUCAAAACCUCUUACUGAAUUAUUUGUUGUAAGUUCUCAUAAAAUUAAUUAAUUUGUAUUAUUUAUAUUAUAUUUUAUGUACAUAUUUUAUGUGUUUAUUUAUAAUGUGAAGAUUAUUUUAUUUUUGAAAAAAAUGACAAUGUAAUUCAUUUUUCAGUUUGCCAUGAAUUUAUGUGAAGUAUCUAAGGAUCCUAAAGUUUAUAACAUUGUUCUGGUAAUAACUAAAAUAUUUUAUUCAUUAAACUACCAGGUAAAUAUAAAUUUUGUUAUGUAUUUAAUAGUCUUACAUUUAUAAAUUUUUAUUUACUACUUUAUUAAAUAGGAUCUACCAGAAUUUUUUGAGGAUAACAUGCAAAUUUGGAUUAGUAAUUUUCAAAAAUUAUUAGAAUUGGAGAUAAGGGAACUUGAAACAGAGGUAUUAAUACAGAAAUUAAAGAUUUUUUUUUUCAUUAGUUUAUAAUUUAUUUUACCAAUUUGUAUGUUAACAGAGUGAUGAUCAAACAAGUAUAUUGCAUCAAAUUCAAUCCCAAAUUUGUGAAAAUGUAUCAUUGUAUGCUCAAAAAUAUGAAGAGGAGUUUUCAUCUUAUAUGCGAACAUUAGUUACAAUUAUUUGGAAGUUAUUAAUAAAGACUGGACCACAACCAAAAUAUGAUACAGUAUACAGUUUUUAUUUAAAUUUUUACUCUUAUCUAUUUUCUGCCACAUUGAAUGAGUCAUUAAUGCUAAAUAAAUGGGCUAGUAACUAGUAUAAGCUGAGUUGCACAAAUGUUCUGUAAUUUUAUAGGCAUCUGUAAAUUAUAAUGGCUUUGUAACUUGUAAUAUUGUUACAAAUAAUUUUAAUGAAUCUGUAAAUUAAAAUAUAAUGAUAUCAAUGGUUACCGAAUAAACUAAACCAUCUACAUUUGAUAACCCUGAAAAAUGAUAGGUGAUAAAAUUGUGGCAUCUUUGCUCCAAAAAUAAAAACAUUUUAUUAUUUUAUUAGCCAUUAGGUUUGUACCUGAAUUGUUGUUUAAAAUCUAUGUCAUCAAACUCAAUUAGUGUAUUCAAUUUAUCCCGAAUAUAUAUCAUGGCCUCGGUACUAUGGUCAUUACCCUGAUAGUAAAUUCAUCAUCACUUGAUGAUCACAAGGAUAAAUAAAUUAAUAAUUUGAGUUACAUUUAAAAUUUAGCAAUAGGUAUAUAAAUUUAAAAAAAACUAUCAGAAAUUUUGGCGCAAUAAUAUUCUGUAAGGAGUUACAGAACAUUUUUGCAACCCGGCCUUAGUAUCUUUAUUUAUUUCUUCAGUGAUCUGUAGUCUUUUACUGCUUGGUUUCCAAUAAAUGAUGUUUAAGUUUUAUGUUAUAAUUUUUAACUAAAAAGUCAAAUUGUUGUAUGCAAAUAAUUGGAUGUGUUAUGAUUAUGUACUAAUUUGUUACUAUUUUUAGCUGGUCAUAAAUGCCUUGCAGUUUUUGUCAACAACAGUUAUGAAGACUCAGUAUCGAGAUUUAUUUAAUGAUCAAUCAGUAUUCUCUGCUAUAUGUGAAAAAGUUGCUAUUCCUAAUAUGCAGUUUAAAGGUAGACCAAUAAUACAACUAAUUUUAACUAUAUUUAUUUAUCAAAAUUCUUUUUUUUUAAUUUUAGCAUCUGAUGAAGAAUUGUUUGAAGAUAACCCAGAAGAAUACAUUCGAAGAGACAUUGAGGGUUCUGAUGUGGACACUAGAAGAAGAGCUGCAUGUGAUUUAGUUAAAGCUCUUUCAAAAGAAUUUGAACAGGUUACUAUGUCUUCAUUUGGUUUAUAUGUAAAGGUAAAUAUAUAAAUAUGUAAUUAUGUAAAUAUAUAUAUACAUUGCGUAUUGUAAAUUGAAUUUCAAAAUUAUAUUUAAACAUUUUUUAGUUAAUGUUGGAACAAUAUACGGCUGAUCAAAAAAAUUGGCGUAGUAAAGAUGCAGCAUUAUUUUUGGUUACAACACUUGCAUCAAGAGGAAGUACACAACGCCAAGGUACAACUAAAGUCAGUGAACUUGUUAACCUAGAAGAAUUUACUAAUUUGCAUGUCUUACCUGAGUUAACAAAUUCAAACAGUGAGUACAGAAUAUUUUUAUAGCUACUACAAAUCAUAACAGUUAAUAAUUUAUUUUUAUUUUAAUUAUGAUUAUUAUUAAUUUGUUUUGGUAUUUUUAUAAUGAUAUUAAUUUAUUAUUUUCAAAUUCUGAGUGCCAGAGAAAAAGUUAUUAGUUUCACAAGAUAUGUGUUUUUGUGGUUUUUUCUCAAAAAUCACUUUCAAUUAGACAAAAAAACUAUAAAAUGAUUUGAAUUUUUUAUAUCAUACUUUUAAAAAUCUGGAUUUUUCACCCUAUAGUUGAUUAUUUAGAAAAAACAUUGCUAGAUUUCUGAUAGUUGUUCUAUGUAGUUUAAAAACUAACAGCGAAUGUUUAUUUUUGUACAUUUCUGGAUUACCUGGCUAUGAGCAAAAAAACAACUUAGGAUGCACCAUUGCAGUGUGACAGUGGUAAAUUGACAUGAUGUUUGUAGAACUUGCAACUGUUCCAAAUUUAACCGAUAUCACAAAGUAAACACCAUUAACAAGUUUGUAUGGCUAUACAAACUAUUUACCUUUACUGUAACAGCACCAUACUGCAUUAGUGUGUGCAUUCACAUAAGAAUACUGUAAUAUAAUAUUUUUUUACUGUAUAUAGCGUUUUCUAAAUACACCACUGCUACACUGCUUUGGUGUGUAUUUGGCCUUAAACUAUUAAUACUACUCUCCUGUAAAUUGGAUUUUUAGUUAUAAUGAUUUAUUUAACAUUGUAUUCAGUAUCCCAACAAAAAUCCACCAUCAACUACAUGUAAAAACCUCUAAGAAAAAAAAACUCGAGUUAUAAAAGUUAUGAUAUCAAAAAGGGGCUAAGUAAUGUCAUACAUUAGUAUAUAAAUUGUUUAUAAUUGUUUCUAUUUGAUGAAGUGCGAUAAUUUAAUAAAAAUAAUUUAACUUAGCUUGGCGGCUACUAAUAUUUACAACUACAAAUAAAGAUACAAUGUCGACAUGAAUAUUUACAUUCCCAUUUUAUAAUUUAUUAAUAUUACCAUAAUACUAUUUAAGUACAUACUAUGAGUAGCUGCCAUGCUCAGUACAAUUCCUGCUUUACAAUAUACUAUAUUUACAAUUAUAGUAAUAAUAUUAUAACAAACAAAAGUUGACACUACUUAUGUGCUGAUCAAUGUUGUAGGUUAGAUGAAUAGUUAAGAAGAUAGUAUAUAAAGUAUAAUUUUGUUUAUAAAUAAUGUGCUAAAUGCAAUUAUAAAUCAAUCAUUAAAACUAAAAAUCUAAUUUAUAGGAGAGUACUAUGUGUUAUAAUAAAAAUUAUGUUUAAAUGUUUCAUUUUAGAGAGCCUUUUUCACAAGUGAAAAUAACUAAGUUAUAUUUAAGUGGAUUAAAAAGUGCUGUUUAAUAUCUUAAUCAAUGAAUAUACUAUAAUGCACAGCGAAUAUUCCAUAUAAAUUUACUUACAUAAGUGUAUUUAAUGUUAUAGUUAAUGGAAUGCCAGUUAUGAAAGCUGAUGCUAUUAAAUACAUAGUGACAUUCCGUAGUGUAUUACCUUCUCAAGUUGUUGUUAGUACAUUACCAGCACUGACUGGAUUAUUAGAAGCUGAGAGUGUAGUAGUUAGAAUUUAUGCAGCAGCUGCUAUCGAUAAAAUAUUGCUUUUGAAACAAUCAGAUGCUAAAACUCCAAUGUUGGUAUAUUUUUUGUAAUAUGUAACCUACAUUAAUUAUUAUUCAUUUAAUUCUGUGUUAGGAUAUAUUAAUGAAUUUUCCUAGAAAGAUAAGGUUAAUUUCCAAUUACUUAUUCUAAUUUUUAGGGUCACUGUGGAUACAUUAUCUCCAUUUUCAGAACAAUUAAUUAAAUCACUUUUUGGUGUUCUAACUAAACAUGGUUCUGAAGAAAAUAGCCAUACAAUGAAAGGUAAAAAUUAACUUGUAAUCUAUUUUAUUAGAAAUUGAAUUAUUUAUUAAAGGCCCUUGUAAUAAUUAUUAUAUAGCUAUAAUGAGAACAUUUUUCACUCUAAAUCAACAAAUAAUACCUCUCUUGGCUGAACUUUUACCUAUACUGACUGAUAAACUUAUGAUUGUCGCACGCAAUCCAAGUCAACCGGAAUUUAACCAUUACUUAUUUGAAACUAUUUCAUUUUGUGUUAAGUAAGUUUUAUUUGCAUGUUUAUGUUAAACACUUUAUCAUAUUUUUAAGAUUUAUUUAUUAUUUAUCAGAUUGGUUUGUGAAUUAACACCUGAAGGCAUUAGUUCAUUUGAAGGAGUAUUGUUUCCUAUUUUUCAAAUUAUAUUGCAGCAAGACAUUAUGGGUAUAAAUUAUUAAUUUAUUUUUAAUAUCUUAUUCUAACUUUUAAACAUUUAACUUUUAUAGAAUUUAUGCCUUAUACUUUCCAAUUGUUGGCUCAACUACUUGAAUUUCACAGUCCUGGCAAUGUAGGUGAAACCUAUAGAAUAUUGUAUCCAUUUUUACUAACACCUGGAUUGUGGGAAAAAACUAGUAAUAUUCAUCCAUUAGUUAGACUUUUAAGAUCUUAUGUACGUAAAACUUCUCCAGAAAAUUUUGAAAAAUCUUUGAAUAUUGUAAGUAUUUAAAAUUGUAUUAUUUUGAACAGAUUAUUUAACUGCCAACUAUUUUUAGAAUGGGCUUUUAGGUGUGUUUCAAAAACUCAUUGCUUCAAAAUCACAAGAUCAAGAAGGAUUUCGAUUAUUAAAAACAAUUAUAGAGAAUUGUCCUAUGUAAGUAAACAUCUAGAUAUUCUUACAUUUUAUUUACAAAAUAAUAAUAAUUUUUUUAGAGAAGUAUUACAACCUCAAAUUAAAAAUAUCUAUGUUCUUUUAUUUCAACGGUUAUCUUCAUCUAAAACAACCAAAUUUAUUCGUGAAUUAAUUGUGUUUAUAUUCUUCUGUGUUAUCAAAUAUGGAGCAUCAUACAUGGUCGAUCUCAUAGAUUCUAUUCAAAAUGGGUUUGUAUUUUGUUUUAUUUUAUUAAAAUACAUUUUUUUAUUAUGAGUUAUAUAACUAAUAAUUACUAUUUGUAAAUAAAAUAUUUUAGUAUGUUUGGAAUGUUAUUAGAAAAAAUCAUACUACCUGAUGUUCAAAAAGUAACUGGAAAUAUUAAUAAAAAAGUAACUGCAGUUGGUAUUAUAAAGAUAAUUACAGAGACAUCAAAAUUAUUUGAUGGACCAUAUACACUAUUUUGGUAUGUUCAAUUUUGAAUUUAAGAACAAUUACUUAAUUAUUAAAAAUUAUUUUAUUAAUUUGUAUAAUACAAAAAUAAUUAUAAACAAGUAUUCAACUGUUAAACAUAAUAUUGUAGGUCUCUCCUUCUUCAAUCAGUUGUUUGUUUGUUUGAACUUCCCGAAGAUGAAACUGUUUAUUCUGAAGACAUAUUGCUUCCAAAUGACACUGAUAGUUCAUAUGAAGCUGGUUACUCAAAACUUGCUUUUGCCAGUGAAAUUGAACAUGAUCCUUUACAAGGUAGUGUUAAAUUAAAAAUAAUAUAUUAAUAUAAAAUCGCCAGCUUCUGGGCAUACAUUUUUUUUUUUUUAUGGAUACACAGUUUGAUAUAAUAAUGAUACAACUUUCAUAUGAUAACAUACCAAAUACAUUUAUACACAAAAUUAAUUAACCUCAAGAUUAUUGACAAAACUGUUUGUAUUAGUAAAAAUUUGAAAGUUUAUUUUGGGCAUAAUACCUGUAUAUGUUGGGCUGUUUGGUUAUUUUGAUUUACUUAAAUUUUGAUCAAUUAGUUGAUUUAAUCAAUGAUUUUAAGGAUUCUAAAAUAAUUUAUUAAGAAAUUAUAAUUUUGAUUAAUUUAUAUUUAAUUGUGUAUAUUCAGAUACAGAAAAGAUGGACAUAAUUCUUUCAAUGGGUAAGCCACUGUUGUGGGUGAGAAGUUAGGAAGGUAGGAUAUAGAAGAGAAUUUAAUUUAUAUCUGUACUCAACGAUUAGCCAUUGCCAACAAAAAACGAUUCUGAGCGGAGUUAUAUAUGUUUUAAAAAGCAGUUGUAUUUACGAUUUUCAUUAAAAUUUGAUAUUAAAAUCUGUACUAAACAAAAAUUACUACAUUAAACUAAACUUUUUCUUGUUGGCCACAAAGCAAAACUUAGAAUAAACUUCCUAUUAAAUUUUCAAGCUAUUCUGUUUAAUUUAACAAUUUUAUCCACAGAGUAUUUACUGAAUGAAAUGUAUAUAAAAAACUUAAAAAAUUAAAAUGUCUAUAUUUAUAGCAAAUAAAGGUUUUCUGUCCGAAAUUUCAAGCCCCUAUGAACAGUUUGGAAUGAAUUACAAUAAGAAAACAAAAUUAAAAAUAAUAAAAGCAUUAUUUUCGUAGAUUCUAUUUUCCUACGUUUUCAGUGUUUUAAAAAUAAUAAUAAAAACCGUUUAAAAAAUAAUAAAAAAUGACCACUUUAUAGUGCCACCCAAAUAAAUUUUCUUUCAAAAAAAAAGUACUACACUCAAUACAUCAGAGCAAGAUUUUUGGUGGAAAAUUUGUUUACAAACAACAAAAAAAAUUAACAUCGUAAAACCAAUACAUUCUUUUCGUUCAGAAUCUAAAAGUAGAUAUUUUAGUUAUUCUCAUUAUCAGUAUACUGCAUAGAUUAUCUGAAAUAUUGAAUAAUAGAUUCUGUUAUAAUUAGUGUCAUUAGUGAUCAACGCACAAUACACAAUACAUACUGUCAAAGUUUAUAAUUUGUCUGUUUUUUCAUUAGUCCUCCUUUGUUCAUUCCCAUAUUAAGUUGUUAUUUAUAGUGACAGAAUACCAAUUGAAAAAACAAUUUUUAUAUUGAUUUUUCAAUUUUCCUGUUAAUCAUUAUUAUGAAUAAUUGUUCAUAAGAAUUACCGUUCAUAAAAAUAAUAAUCAAACAGCCUUAUGUUUUACAUAUUUUAAGUACUAAUCAAAAAAUUAAAUUUUUAUUUGGGAAAUGUUGUAUUCUGCCUCAGUUUUUUGCUUUUCCUAUAAAUUUGUAUAAAAUCUGCUUGUAAGGGUUUGCACAACACUGUGCAUUUAUAUUAUAUAUUACAUUUGCUAAUUUAUUGUGUUUAUAGGAAUGGAAGCAAAAGUGUUCCUAGCUCAAUCAUUAAACAAAUUAAUGGGGCAAAUGCCAGGGCGUUUUCCUAUAAUAAUAAGCCAAGGACUUACUGAAGAGCGACGAGCCCAAAUACAAAACUAUUUAAUAAGUCUCAAUGUGCAAAUUAUGUAAAAUUAUUUUUUAAUUUUUAUGAAAUUCUAAUAUUUUAUAGGAUAUUGUAUGUACAGUCAUAUAAUUAUUAGCUCAUUUUUCUAUGCAUUUUUAAUAGUUCUAUUGAAUUACAUAUUAUCCAAAAAAUCAUUUCAAUUCAGUUGUAAGACCAAUUAUAUGCAGUAUAAAUAAAUUUAUAAUUUUAUUUUACGAGAUUAUAUUAUAAAAAUUCAUGUUUACAUUAUAUAUUCUGAGCCAGCGAGUAAUAUAUUGGUAUUAUUGCAAUAUGUUAUGGUUUGGAUUUUUCGGUAAACAAAUUUCUAUUGAAAUAUUGUUUCAAUAUUCAAGUGUACCCAACAACUUUUCUAAAUUCGAGUUGAUGUUUUGGUGAGGUCAUUUUUUUUUUUCUUUGUAGUUUUUUGUUGCAAUUUGGUUAAACAUAAUUAUAGGGACCUGGAAUCAAAAGUAGUCUUAAAUAUGCCAUAUUGUAGAUACGUUUAUAAGACUGAGGCGACGCAUAUUCGCAUAACCCAUAACGUCUUCACCUAACCCAAACUCGUCAUAUUCAGAUUAUACGAGUUAUUGGUCCAUGGUUUAUAUUAGCACGCAUAUAUAUAUUUUGUUUGUCUGCGAUAAGUUGUGUCGGUGACUUCAAUGUCAUUAUCGCGCGCGCUACUAUAAUCGUGGAACAUAAUGUGACAUGAAUCGUUUUGACCCGUUCCAUACUAUAAUUAUUAUAUGACCCGUCGGAUUCGUGACUUCACGAUACUUGCGUUCGCCAUUUCUACAGUGACGCAACGUAAGUAAAUAACGUUUGUAUUUCAUACACAUCGUUUCGGUAGGUAACGUGAUGAUCGUGUUCACUGUACGACGUUGCACACGCAGCUAUAUAUUAUAAUAUACAUAAUAUUGUAGGUACUAUUAUUAUAUUAUUAUAUGUAAGAUAAAAUCAUAGAAUAUUAUAAGAUGGGUACUUACUUAAUUAUAUUAUAAUAAUAUGAGGGUAACCAAUGCGAAAACACUGAAACAGUUUCCUCGACUUGCCUCGACUAUAUAUAUAUAUAUAUAUAAAACUAUUCUAAACUCCUUGACAAUAUCUGAUUGUUACAAACGGUUUGACAAUUCGAAUAUUGUGCAUUUCCUCUAGUUUCCUCUAAUCACUUAUGUCGCAAUGGGCGUCAAUUUAUCUCUAUGAGCGUUUGAGGCUCUUUUCACGUUCAACGGUUUGACCGUUCAACACAAAUCCGAAAUCGUAUAAUAACGUGAAAACAUGCGUCUGGUCGUGUUCGUUACUAAGCUAAUCGCGCCAUCCGCCUGCCGUACACCGCGAAGUGGCAAGCAGUAGACGGCUCUGAUACACGGCUAACUGAUCCGAUAUUCGGUUCACCGGUCCGAAAUAAAACAGUGUUCUAUAAUAGUUAAUAAUAAUAAUAUUUUUAUGUAACUAGAAGUUACCCAAAAAUAAUGAAAAGGUAUUAGAAAUGUUAGGUAUUUAUUUUUCUACGGUCGGGUCUUUUUUUCUGAGUGCUGCAGGAUGGUUUUCUACCUUGUUUCCAUUUAUUCUUUUUUUUAUUGUACACUUCGUGACCAACUACUUACACAAUAUAGUUUUUCCGUUUGUAAUUCGCUUGUUAUGUAUAAC